UCCGUGACGCCAGGGUUUUAGAGGAGUUAGGGUUUUCGCCACUUAGGGCUUUAGUUUUUAGGUUUUCUUCUUCUCCUCUUGUUAGGGCUACAAUCAAAUUAGGUUUAGGAUUUGCGCAUUGGCGGCUACUGCUGUUGACUUCCCCACCGAUCCCGCCCCUUGUAUAUAAAUACACUGUUCUCACCUUGAGUAGCAUCUAGGGUUUCCCAAUUUCAGUUGUUCACAUUGUAUUUUCAAGACGCUGACAUUGAUCAGUGAUCACCCCUGUUUAUUUUCAGUUUUAAUCCAAUUCGGAGUUUUGAUUUUUCGCAAUUAAAUUUGUAUUAAAUCCAAAUACUCAUCUGGGUAUUCGUGAUUAGUUCCUAGUCUUUCUGCCGAAGUCAAUUAGGUUUCGUUGAUUUUCGAGAUUUCUUUUUCUCUAAGCAUUCAUCAUUCAUGUAAGCAAGUUCAAUCCAGGUUUCUUUGGUUGCCUAUAUAACUAUUGUUUUUUCUCCGAGAUUUUACUUGUGUUCUGUUUGAAUAUCGUUGUCUCCCGUCUUUAUUGAUCAUCAUCUCUUUAUUUUUUUUGGAUUUUUUUUUAAAUUCUAUUGUGCCGAAAAGUCUGAUUACUCAUUCCGACGAUAUAUUUGACAAUUGAUCACCGAUAAAAUCUUAUUCUGCAACUGACAGAAAAGUUCAGGCCUUGAAAUUUAACUGAUAUGAGUUACUCUGAUUCUCACCCUUCGAUUAUGCAAACACCUUUCAAUGGUGGUGGGUCUGAUGCAAUUGGCAUAUGGCCUCAGUAUCCAAUGAGCAAUGAAAGCUUUGAUCUUCAUACACAAUUUGAUCAACAGCAGCAGCCUCCUCCUUUCAAGAGAUCAAGGCACGAAGAUAACCAAUCUAGUUCUUCACCAUACCAGUCCAAUUCUAGGACACCCAUAAACCCUCCAGUCAACAAGGGGACAAGCAACAUCUUUUUCAAGACCCGGGUGUGUGCCAAAUUCAGAGCUGGUAAUUGCAGGAAUGGUGAGAAUUGCAACUUCGCUCAUGGGGUUGAAGAUUUGCGACAACCCCCACCAAAUUGGCAAGAACUUGUAGGGGCGCGUGGUGAUGAGGAAAGAUCAUCAGGGAAUUGGGAGGAUGAUCAGAGGAUCAUUCACAGGAUGAAGCUAUGCAAAAAGUUUUAUAAUGGGGAGGAAUGCCCUUAUGGGGAAAGGUGCAAUUUCCUUCAUGAAGAUCCUGCCAAGUUUAGAGAUGAUAAUAGGUUUAGAGAAAGCUCUGCUAUCAGCAUUGGAACCACUCCUCCGCCAGUGGUGCAUGGAAGCGGGGGUACUCAAUCUGAAGUUAAUAGGUCUGCUAACAACAACAACAUGAUGAUGAUGAUGAAGCCUGUUUACUGGAAGACAAAAUUAUGUACAAAAUGGGAGACAACCAGUCAUUGUCCCUUUUCCGAUAAAUGCCACUUUGCUCAUGGGCAAGCAG